AUGAGUAGCUUGCCACUGGACGCGCCAAUGAAGCCACUGGACCCCCAUGCCAUCGCCGGCGACUCGCAGGCCAUUCUAGAAUUCCUCGCCGAGUACUACCGCGACGUGGACAAGUACCCGGUGAGGGCGGCGGACCUGGAGCCAGGCCGGGUCCGCAAGCUGCUCCCCGAGGCCGCGCCAGAGCACGGCGAGCCGAUGGAGCACAUACUGGAGGACGUGAGGCGGGACAUCCUGCCGGGGCUCACCCACUGGCAGAGCCCCCGCUUCUUCGCCUUCUUCCCGAUGAACGCCAGCUCCGCUGGGCUGGCCGGGGAGAUGCUGUCGGUGGGCCUCAACGUCGUGCCCUUCGUGUGGGCCGCGUCGCCGGCCGCCGCGGAGCUCGAGAGCGUCGUCGUGGACUGGAUGGCGCGGCUGUUCGGCCUCCCGCGCCGGUUCCUCUUCUCCAGCGGCGGCGGGGGCGUGCUGCAGGGGAGCACGUGCGAGGCCGUGGUGUGCACGCUCGCCGCCGCGCGGGACCGCGCGCUGGGUAGGCUCGGCGGGCACGAGGCCAUCGCCAGGCUGGUGGUCUACGCCUCCGACCAGACGCACGCCACGUUCCAGAAGGGCGCCCGGCUCGUCGGGAUCCCGCCCUCCAAUUUCCACGUCAUCAGGACGUCGGCGGCUUCCGGGUACGGUCUCACCGCGGAAGCCGUCCGCGCGGCCGUCGACCACGACGUCGGCCUCGGGCUGGUGCCGCUGUACCUCUGUGCCACGGUGGGCACGACGGGGCUCGGCGCCGUCGACCACGUUCGCGAGCUCGGGGAGGAGGCGCUCCGCCACGGCAUGUGGAUGCACCUCGACGCAGCGUACGCCGGCAGCGCCGCCAUCUGCCCGGAGUUCCAGGACUACCUCGACGGCGCGGAGCUCGCCGACUCGUACCUCAAGAAUGUCGGCGCGGACGACGACGGCGCAGGAAAGGCGCCGGCCGCCAUAGACUACAAGGACUGGCAGAUCUCCAUGACGCGCCGGUUCCGUGCCAUCAAGCUCUGGGUCAUACUGCGGCGGUACGGUGCGGCUGGCAUGCGCGCGCACAUCCGCCGGCACGUCGCAGCAGCCAAGUGGUUCGAGCAGAGGGUGGCGGCCGACGAGCGCUUCGAGGUGGUGGUCCCGAGGAGGUUCUCCCUGGUAUGCUUCCGCCUCGCACCGCGGUCCGGCCUGGACGACGACGGCGACGACGACGCCACGAACCACGUGAACCGGGAUCUCCUCGCGGCGGUGAACGCGAGCGGGCGGGCGUUCAUGACGCACUUCGUGGUGGACGGCAAGUUCGUGAUCCGGCUAGCUGUCGGCGGUGCCUCGACGGAGCUGCAGCACGUCAUGGAGGUGUGGGACCUGCUGCAGGGCAAGGCUGCUGAGGUUCUACAGCACUAUGUGAAGCCUAACGGGCUCUAG